AACCUUUUAAAAAUGGUUGCUCUCAUCCCUAAACCUCUUCCCAAACAGGCCAUAUGCCAAUCUCGCUCGUCGUUGAGAUCGAGCACUCGCGUCUAGCAGGUCAGUCUCCAUCUUCGUCUUUUUCGACCUCGGUCUUCCCUUCCAUCUUCAAUUGCCUUUCAGUCUUUGCUUUCCGUCUGUAUAACUUCACUUUCACUCUCCAGUAUCCAAUCCAAUUCCAGGGGAGAAACUAAGGGUCUUACAAGUUUUUUCGGGUGAUUGUGUCUCUAGUGAUGACAUCAUCAUCUUCUCGAUUGCUCCAUGCGGGCUACUCCUUAUUGGGGAACCUCCGUAACAACUCUGCUGGGUUCAUGAGAGCAUCACAUGAGAUUAUAUCAAAUGAUCGAUACACACAGCAAAUGAGGACAUUCAUACAAAUGAGGACCAGCCUUAAAGUGGUGGACAAUUCGGGUGCAAAGAAAGUGAUGUGCAUACAAGCUUUGAAGGGGAAGAAAGGGGCAAGGUUGGGCAACACGAUAGUUUGCUCGGUCAAGGAAGCACAGGCAGGUGGGAAAGUGAAGAAAGGAGAAGUCCAUUACGGCGUGGUUGUGCGCGCCGCAAUGCCAAGGGGCCGUUGCGACGGGAGUGAGGUCAAGUUCGACGACAAUGCUGUCGUUCUUAUCAAUAAGCAAGGCGAGCCAAUCGGGACCCGCGUUAUGGGCCCGGUCCCGCAUGAGCUUAGGAGAAAGAAGCACCUCAAGAUUCUCAGCCUUGCCCAACAUAUUGUGUGAUGAGGAGAGAAACAAGGGGAUGAUGCUCUGUCUUCUGCUUUUAGGUCUGUGCUGAAUGAAAACACUUGUUUCCA